AUGGCUCCCAAGAUCGCUAUCGUCUACUACUCUAUGUACGGCCAUGUCAAGACAUUGGCCGAAGCUGAGCUCAAGGGCAUCCGCGAAGCCGGUGGAGAUGCCACUCUCUUCCAGGUCGCUGAGACCCUCUCAGCCGAAGUCCUGCAGAAGAUGCACGCGCCUCCCAAGCCAACCGACAUCCCCGUCCUGAACGACCCCACCGAGCUGGAAGCCUUCGACGGCGUGCUCUUCGGCAUCCCCACGCGCUACGGCAACUUCCCCGCCCAGUUCAAGACCUUCUGGGACAAGACGGGCAAGCAAUGGCAACAAGGUUCCUUCUGGGGCAAGUACGCCGGUAUGUUCAUCAGCACCGGCACGUUGGGCGGCGGCCAGGAGAGCACUGCGAUUGCGGCCAUGUCGACGCUGACGCACCACGGCUUUAUCUAUGUGCCGCUCGGCUACAAGACGGUGUUUGCACAGCUGUCUAACCUCGAGGAGAUCCACGGCGGCUCGCCUUGGGGCGCGGGAACCUUCUCCGGCGCUGAUGGUUCCAGGCAGCCUACUGCUCUGGAGCUCAGCAUCGCCACGGAGCAGGGCAAGGCCUUCUACGCGGCCGUUGCUAAGGCGCACCCGUGA